GACUACCAAAUAACAUUUCGAUCACAGCCAUGUCGCUGUCAGUGGCUAGCCGCCGUCGCUGCCAGACAACCACGACGACGUCAAAUCCAUCAACAACCACUUCGACGCCGUCGUCGUCGUCAUCGUUGCAUCCUGUGCGCAAACAGCACUCGCUGAUUGAGCCGCCCAGCCACGCCCACUCGCACGGCGUCGCCAGAUAUUCUGCCCAGCAGCGUGGCUAUUUGUCUCGCGGCCUCUCCGUCGGCCGCUCCAUCGAGAGUAUUCGCCAGAAGCUGUAUCCCUCCAGCUCCCUGGCAGCUGCUCCUCCAGUCGCCCACUUGGGUCGUCAGUCUUCGCUGGCCGGCGAGGGAAGAUUGGCGCCCACGCACACUGAGCUAAGCCUGCGCCUAAGGGAAUCCAGCCUGGUGGCUUGGUCAUCACAGUCCUCGCUGCUCAAGGCGUCUCUUGCAACAGACAACGCGCAGGCAGCGCGACUGCAGGCUGAGCAGAAGGAGGCUCAGGCAAAGGCCGAGAGCGCCAAGGCGGAUAAGAAUCGCAUCAAUUUGAACAUUGUGCUCGCCCAGACGAUACGUGCCACCAACGAGCGGGAACACGACCACGAACACGACCAGGAUCACGACCACGACCACGACCAGGAGCAAGAACAGGAGCAAACAGGACUUCUUCAACCGGCUGUCCUUGCCAGCAGCGAGGAGAGCGUCUCGUCUGCCUUGACAGUUCAACGGCGUCCGCCUUUGGUGCGUGCUAUGUCCGCUCCCGUGCGUCUCGACGAGAGCAGCAAGAGUGUCAUUGGUGGGGCCAACAAGCGCAACCAGCAGAAGCUGCGACGUCGCAAGAUCUUCACGCGUGCCGCUUCCUCGGUGGCUGUGCCACCCGAUGCCAGCCCCUUGCUGAGCUCCGAUGUCGUCUCCAACGUCAACGUCAACGUCUCGAACAACAACAGCAACAAGAAGCAGUUGAGUAGGGCUCGCAGUGUGAUUGCACCGGAUGUGAUUACGCUGGUGUCGCUGCUGAGCUCUGAAGGCAGCGACUCGGAGCGGGAGGAGAGCUCCUCCACCUCGGCGUCUACUUCCACGGGCAACGAGAAAUCCUCGCCACCAACAGCGCAGCGUAGUCCGCAGCGUCGUGCGCCGCUGCUGCGUAAAACGGGCAAAUCGGUCUCGUUUCAAGACAGCUAUCCGCCCACCUUUCAACUGGCCUCCAAGGAGUAUUCGCACAUGAUACGACGCGGUUCCAUAGCUCCGCUCGCCGCCCGAAUUCGCGCCAAUCGUCCUCCAACGGCGCCGCCUGUCUCCAUCUUCCUCAGCGACCCAGCUGGCAAGCCAAUGGAAUCGCGCCAACGUCCGGUGGAUGCGGAUGUAGGCAGUCUGCCUGCGGAUGAGGCCAAGAAGGAGAACAACGCAGCCAAUUGCAAUGUGCAACAACAGCAGCAGCAACAGCAGCAGUCGCAGCAGCAGCAACGUGAGUCGCAGCAGGAUUACAACUUCCCCCUGUACGUGUGCAGCAUCAAGGAGCGCGAGUGCUGGAAGCUGCACCAGAAGAUGUCCGCCAAGGGUGUCAGCGUCAGCUAUGAGACCGUCUUGCGUGGCAUGUUGACACCCACGGAGUUCCGGCACUUUCAAAAGCAGCGCGAGCACGAGGAGGCCAAGGCCCAAGAGGCCGCCGAAGCCGAGGCGGAGGCUGCAGCUGCUGCGGAGAAGGAUAACGUGAAGAAGCCGCCGGCCACGGCCAUUGAGCGUCUCUCCGAGUCCUUGCUGCAAGGCAAGUGA